GGGGACACGUGUCGAGCAGCUGCUGCUUCCUGGGCGGAGACACAUCUGUGCAAACCGCCGCUUCCUGAUUUCGUUGCCGUCGCCGCCAAACUUUAAACAACAAGGAGCCCCUCCACUGCAGCAGCUGCAGCACCCGCUUUAACUAAUAAGGAAGACUUAUUUAUUUGCUAAAAAUGUCUUUUACUCCAAAGAGGCCCUGCCCCGAUUUAAUGAACGACUCAAUGGAGAAAAGGAUAAAGCGGAUAUCAAUCGAGGGAAAUAUUGCGGCGGGCAAAUCUACCUUUGUGCGCCUUUUGGAGCAGGAGAGCGGGGACUGGGAGGUGGUACCAGAGCCAAUCGCCAGAUGGUGCAAUGUCCAAACAAAAGGCAGUGACUUUGAGGAGCUGACCACAUCUCAGAGGAGUGGAGGGAACAUAUUGCAGCUAAUGUAUGAGAAACCGGAGAGAUGGGCCUACACUUUCCAGAGCUACGCCUGUAUCAGCCGGGUGCGUGCUCAGAUCAGGUCAGCCAAUGGGAAGCUCCGAGAGGCUCAGAAUCCUGUGCAGUUCUUCGAGCGGUCCAUCUACAGUGACAGGUACAUCUUUGCAGCCAACCUCUAUGAGAGUGAGUGCCUGAAUGACACAGAAUGGUCUGUCUACCAGGACUGGCAUGGCUGGCUGCACAGCCAGUUCGGCAAGCACAUUGAGCUGGAUGGUAUCAUCUACCUAAGAGCUUCACCAGAGAGAUGUUUAGAGCGGUUGCACCUAAGAGGCAGAGAAGAAGAGCAAGACAUCCCGUUGGAGUAUCUGGAGAAGCUCCACUUUAAGCAUGAGAGCUGGCUGCAGCACAAGACCAUGACCAUGGAGUUUGAGUAUCUCACUGAUGUGCCAGUCUUGUCCAUAGAUGUGAAUGAAGACUUUAAGGGGGAUAAAAUCAAAAGCGCUGACAUGAUUGAGAAGGUGAAGGAGUUCCUGAGCACGUUGUGAAGAUCACUUGUUGAUGGAAAAUAUAAUCUGUGCUCAAAGGAAGAAAAAGGGAGUGUUACUUUUAAAACAAUGAAAUGCCUCAACAAGGACAAUUCUUUUUCUAUAUAAUCAUUCAAAAUGAUCAGGCCUGUAGCAUUUUUAAAACUUUUAUGGCAGUUUUCUUACAAAUGUGUGUAUUUAUAAAUGUUUUGUGUGCAAAUGAGAUGCAUGACAAUAAACUUGAAAUAUUUUUAAAUAAU